AUGAGUAACGAGCCAAGGAAUGUCCAGUUCGCUGGAGCUCCUCCACCAGACAGUGUAGCCCAUUCACAGCAAGGAAGCGCCAACCCCAUAUCCACAAAGAAUGAAAAGGCAAUGAGCGAGAAAAAGGCUGCUGCCAAAAAACUCGAUAUUGAGGAGCAUAUGUUGACAUUUGAUCAACUGAAAGAAAGACAUCACACAUCUUUCGACCCCAUUAAACCAACCAUAUCUCAAGGUCUGACAUCUGAAGUCGCGGCGCAGAGAUUAGAGCAAUACGGACCGAAUGUGUUGACGCCUCCUAAAAAGACGCAUUGGUUUAUCAAAUUCAUGGAGCACUUGCUGUCACUAUUUAAUGCGUUAUUGAUUGUUUCUGGUAUCUUGACAUAUGUAUUGUAUGGAAUUGUGCCCGAGGGAAACUCUGCAAAUUUGUAUAUCGGUGCUAUUCUAAUUGCUGUCGCCUUCCUCAAUGCCAUGAUUGAAUUUUACCAAUUACAAAAAUCCGCUGCUCUUUUGGAAUCAUUCAUGAACAUGAUCCCAGCAAAAGCCAACGUCAUCCGAAACGGUUCUCAAUCACAGAUUGCUGGUGCAGACCUAGUGCUCGGAGAUGUCGUAUUUGUUCGACUGGGAGAUAAAGUACCUGCCGAUAUAUAUGUCUUCAAUGCUGGCGAUUUUAAGGUCGACAAUUCUUCAUUGACCGGUGAAUCCGAACCACAAGAUCGUGUUGCUCACAACACUCAUACCAAUCCCCUUGAGGCUACCAACCUGGCAUUCAACGGUACUUUGGCUGUAGCUGGUGAAGCUUAUGGUGUGGUCGUUCGAACUGGUGAUAACACCGUGCUGGGUCAAAUUGCUGGUUUGACGUCUGGUGAAACUAAGCGAAAGUCGCCAUUGUCUAUGGAAAUUGAUCGAUUCGUCUACAUCAUCGGAGGUGUUGCCAUAACCUGCGCAAUCGUCUUCUUCAUCGUCGCAUACAUCAAGUCCCAGCAAAUCGCUUUCGCACUCAAUUUCGCAAUCGGUGUCUUGGUCGCUUGGGUUCCUCAAGGUCUACCAGCCACAGUCACCAUGUUGCUGACUAUUGCCGCCAAACGAAUGGCUUCAGAACAAGUUCUCGUCAAGGAUUUACAAGGUGUUGAAACUCUUGGUGCUAUUACUCUUCUGGCAACAGACAAGACUGGAACAUUGACUCGAAAUCAAAUGACUGCUACCAAUAUUUGGACUUCGUUGAAAUUGAUGACCACUGCUGGUGCUAAUGAGAAUAUUCCAUCUGGGGAAGUGGCAGUUGACAUGUCUGUUAGUGGUGUUUCUGAGAUUUUGCAUAUUAGUGCUAUGUGUUCAAGAGCACGAUUUGAAAAAGUAGAAGGCCCAAUUGCUGAUCGAAAGAUCAGUGGUGAUGCUACUGAAUCGGGCUUAUUCCGUUAUGCUGCUGCCAAACUGCCUGACAUUGAUCAACUUGGUGACAAGUACCCCAAAAUCUUUGAAAUUCCAUUCAACUCAGACACCAAAUGGCAUAUGACUAUUCACAACAAGCCUCACACAAAUGGUCCAUUAACUCAAUCCAUGAAGGGAGCUCCAGAACGUAUCUUGCGAGUCUGUGAUACCAUCUUGGUGGAUGGUGUUGCCGUCCCUAUGACUGACGAACAUCGAGCUGCUUUCAAUUUCUCAUACGAGUACAUGGCCGGAAAGGGACAUCGUGUGCUGGCAUUUGCUCAAUUGUUGUUGCCUGAAAGUGAAUUCCCUCUUGGAUUUAAAUUCUCAAAGGAGGACAAGAAUUUCAAGACAACUGGAUUAUGCUUUGUCGGAUUGGCAAGUUUGGAAGAUCCACCCAAGCACGGUGUUCGUGAAGCCAUUGGUCACUGUCGUGAAGCUGGUAUCAAAGUCAUGAUGGUCACUGGUGAUCACCCUCUCACUGCUGAAGCAAUUGGUCGCAAAAUCAAUCUCAUGCUGGGUGAAACCAAGGACUCCCUUGCAAAACGUACCGGUCGUCGUGUCGACGACAUUAAAGAAUCUGAAGUCUCGUCUAUUGUCAUCCACGGUGAAAAGAUUGAUGACCUGACUGAAGAAGACUGGAAUAUUAUUUUCUCAAAAGACGAAAUCAUCUUUGCAAGAACUUCUCCCAAGCACAAGUUACAAAUCGUCAAGCAUGCCCAAAGUCUUGGACAUAUUGUUGGUGUAACUGGUGAUGGUGUCAAUGACAGUCCUGCUCUGAAGAAGGCUGAUUUGGGUAUUGCUAUGAAUAUUUCUGGAUCUGACGUUUCAAAAGAGGCUGCUGCUAUGAUUUUGUUGGAUGAUAACUUUGCUAGUACUGUUAAUGGUAUCGCUGAAGGUCGUUUGAUUUUCGCCAAUUUGAAGAAAUCCAUUCGAUAUGUCGUCACCCACAUUAUUCCCGAAGUAUUACCAUACCUCUUAUAUGUCAUCAUCCCAAUCCCCGUUGCUAUUGGAGCUCUGCAGAUUCUAGUCGUCGAUUUAGGAUUCGAAUUGUUUGCUGCUUUAUCAUAUGCCUGGGAAUUACCAGAAACUGCAGGUGGUCUCAUGCGUCUACCUCCUCGAAAGCCAGUUACCGCUGACUCCAUCAAACGCAAACGAGCCCGUGAAGCCGAACAAGCUUCUCACGCCCUAGUCAUCCCACAAGAUGUCGAAGGAGGUGAAGAAAUCAAGCCCUCCUCCUUCCAAGUCGCCUUCCACACAAUGAAACAAAUGACUCAAAGAUGGUGGUGGAAGCAACUCUUUGAAGGACCAGAAGGCGAUGUGCUGGUUGAUUUGGAUGGUUUGAGUUACUCGUAUUUGGAAGGUGGUAUGAUUGAAUUCUUGGGUGCUUUGACUACAUUCUUUGUUGUUUUCUGGAAGGGAGUAGAUCCCGCUACCGGAAUUGUAUUCGGUGUUAGUCCUUGGGAUACUGUUCAAAUGCAAACCAAUGGCAACUACUUUGUGGUCGGAGCUCCAUCAUACACUACUGUGACUGGAAAUGUCUUGAACGAUUCAGCUCAAGUCGAAGCUUUCGCUCAAGCCCAAUCUGCCUUCUACUUUUCCAUUAUGAUUAUUCAAAUGUGGAACUUGUUUGCCUGCAAAUCUCGAUUCCGAUUGCCAUUUGGAAUGUAUAUGAUUGCAAACACUGCGACUUGGUGGAGUGUUGUUGGUGGUGUCGCAUUUACCGUGGUUAUCGUUUAUGCUCCUCCAUUCAACAUUGCUUUCGGUACUUCAUGGCACUUGCUUCCCUUGUACUGGUUGAUUCCAAUGGCAUUCGGUGCCUUCCUGAUAUUCUACAAUGCUGCACGGCUAUUGCUUAAACAGUGGCUGACGCCCGUCAAAUGGAACCCGGAGAUUUCAGGUCUCCAAAUGUAUCCAACACGUUGGUCUACUGGACGGUAA